AAUCUAUAGCCUAUUGGCUAAUCUUUCUUACAAUUUUACCAUUUUCUUAUCUCCUUCUUCUUCUUCUUCUUGAGACUUGCCUAGAAGACCACUGAGAUACAAAUACAGAUAGCACAAAUGGCGGCCUCAAUAAGUGGAAUUGGAAUUGGGUUAGGUCUUUCUUGUUCUUCCAACCUUUCUAAAUCACUUCAUUCUUCACAAUCCUCUGGUUUUCGUGUUAAGAUGACUGUUUCUGUUGAAGAUAAAAAGAAGAAUUAUACCCUUCAAAAAUCUGAAGAAGCUUUCAAUGCUGCCAAGAAUUUGAUGCCUGGAGGUGUAAAUUCUCCUGUCCGUGCCUUUAAAUCAGUUGGUGGACAACCGAUUGUGAUUGAUUCUGUUAAAGGUUCUCACAUGUGGGACAUAGAUGGUAAUGAGUAUAUCGACUAUGUUGGCUCCUGGGGUCCAGCUAUAAUUGGUCAUGCAGAUGAUGAGGUCCUUGCAGCUUUGGCUGAAACUAUGAAGAAAGGAACAAGCUUUGGCGCUCCUUGUCUUCUUGAGAAUGUUCUAGCAGAGAUGGUAAUCUCUGCUGUUCCUAGCAUUGAAAUGGUUCGAUUUGUAAACUCUGGUACAGAAGCAUGCAUGGGUGUGCUCCGUCUUGCCCGUGCUUUUACUGGUCGAGAGAAGAUCAUUAAAUUUGAGGGUUGUUAUCAUGGCCAUGCCGAUCCAUUUCUUGUCAAGGCAGGUAGUGGAGUCGCUACUUUAGGGCUUCCUGACUCUCCUGGUGUUCCCAGAGCAGCUACAUUCGAAACUCUAACUGCCCCUUACAAUGAUAUAUUGGCUGUUGAGAAUCUAUUUAACAGUAACAAAGGGGAACUUGCAGCGGUUAUUCUUGAACCUGUUGUUGGGAACUCUGGCUUCAUUCCGCCUAAACCUGACUUCCUUGAGGCUCUACAACGCUUAACCAAGGAAAAUGGCACUCUCCUCAUAUUUGAUGAAGUGAUGACCGGAUUUCGCUUGUCCUAUGGUGGCGCACAGGAAUAUUUUGGGAUUACUCCUGAUUUAACAACCCUAGGGAAGAUAAUUGGUGGUGGUCUUCCUGUUGGUGCAUAUGGAGGAAGGAGGGAGAUCAUGGAGAUGGUGGCACCAGCAGGGCCAAUGUACCAGGCUGGGACCUUGAGUGGGAACCCAUUGGCGAUGACAGCCGGGAUACAGACCCUUAAGCGGUUGAAAGAGCCAGGAACAUAUGAAUACUUGGAUAAGAUCACCGGACAACUUGUUCAAGGCAUUUUAGAUGCUGGAAAAAAGACAGGACACGCACUCUGUGGAGGGUAUAUCAAUGGGAUGUUUGGAUUUUUCUUCACAGAAGGACCUGUUUAUAACUUUGACGAUGCAAAGAAGAGUGAUACAGCAAAAUUUGCCAGGUUUUAUAGGGGAAUGCUGGAGGAAGGUGUAUACUUGGCACCUUCACAGUUCGAAGCUGGAUUUACAAGCUUGGCACAUACUCAGGAAGACAUCCAAAAGACCAUUGCAGCCGCCGAGAAAGUUCUUAGCAAGAUUUAAGGUACUUUGUCCAAUCCUGUUCUCACUUUCCUAUUGCAUGAUUAGCCAUUUAGCUAGGGAAUUAAUGGUUCUUUUGUUGUCAGCUUUUCAGAUCAAGAUUUGUGGUCAUUGCCUCUUACUUAGAAUCUGUAUUUCUCAUGAAACUUUGUAUCGAUGCUAAUGUAUGAGAUAAUUAUCGGCUUUUAAAGCUUGUUUACAA